ACUCCUCCUCCUCUUCCCCCAGGAGAUUUACGUCCUUCCCCGUCCGCUCAGAUUUCAUCCACAACAGGAGAAGCAGACUCUCACUGACGCUUUCUCCGCUUCAACAGCUUGUUCCUGUCAAAACUGUUUGGUUUGUUUGCUUGCAGAUCUCCACUCGUUUCUAAUAAUGGCUGCUGACGUUUAUAAGAAGGAGGGUGAUGUGCCAAAUGGGUCCUUGGUCCCAGCUGAUGGACAGCAGUCUGAAAGGUCAGAAAGUCCAACCCCAGGAUUGACCCAGGGAACAGAACCAGGGGCAGGCCAAGAGGAAGCCAUAUUUGUUCACACCAAGUCAUAUGAGGACCUAACCAGUACCGACAAUCCAGAAUCAGCCCCCCGGAGCCCAGGUGAGAGGGAAGAACCUCAAGGUGAUGAGAUCAAGAUGGAAGAGAUCAGCAAGGAUUUCAGUGAGCUAAGCACACAGCUUACUGGUAUAGCACUGGAUCUGGAAGAAGAGAUAAGGCAGAAUGAUGAGGAAAAGUUGGAACUCUCACCACAAGCUUCACGUCGAGAUUCAGUCCUAUCAGGAAAAGAUGAAGAAGACAUAACCAUGGAAGCCUGGCGCAUGCACCAGAAGCAUAUCUUUGUUCUAAGUGAGGCAGGCAAGCCAGUUUACUCACGCUAUGGGUGUGAAGAGGCUUUGUCCAGUACCAUGGGAGUAAUGAUGGCUCUAGUGUCCUUUGUAGAAGCAGAGAAGAAUGCCAUCAGAUCUAUUCAUGCAGAUGGAUACAAGGUGGUCUUUGUGCGCAAGAGUCCCCUGGUGCUUGUUGCAGUGGCUCAGACUCGACAGUCAGAGCAAGAAAUUGCUCAAGAACUCCUUUAUAUCUAUUACCAAAUUGUCAGUCUCUUGACAUUGACUCAGCUUAACCGCAUCUUCCAACAGAAGCAGAACUAUGAUCUAAGGAGACUGCUAGCAGGCUCUGAGCGUAUAACUGACAACUUGGUAGACCUGAUGGCUAGAGACCCCAGUUUUCUCAUGGGGGCAGCACGUUGCCUGCCUAUGGCUGCUGGAGUCAGGGAUGUGGUGAGUGCUUGCCUCCAACAAGCCAAAGCGAAAAGCCUGGUAUUUGCCAUCUUAUUGUCGAAGAACCAAUUGGUAUCACUUGUGAGGAAAAAGGACCAAUUCCUACAUCCAAUUGAUCUCCAUUUACUCUUUAAUCUCAUUAGCUCAUCUUCCUCAUUUAGAGAAGGAGAAGCUUGGACUCCAAUAUGCCUUCCCAAGUUUAAUUCCAAUGGUUUCUUCCAUGCUCACAUUUCUUAUUUGGAACCAAACAUUGAUUUGUGCCUUCUUCUGAUUUCUACUGACCGUGAAGACUUUUUUACUGUAUCUCACUGCAAGCAAAGGUUCCAAGAACGGCUAAAGAAGCGUGGUGUUCAUCAUGCUCUCUUGGAAGCACUGCAUACUCCUUUCUACAGUGUCUCCCAGGUGGGAAUCCCAGACCUUCGACAUUUCAUCUACAAAUCUAAGAGUUCAGGACUUUUUACCAGCCCAGAGAUUGAGGCUCCCUACAUCACUGAGGAGGAAAAGAAAAGACUUCUGGAAUUGUAUCAGUACUUACAUAGCCGAGCUCACAAUUCCUCCCAUCCUCUAAAUAACAUCUAUUAUACUGGAGCAAAUGAGAAUCUCCUGGCUUGGGUGACUAGUGCUUUUGAACUUUAUGUAUGCUUCAGCCCCCUGGGCACCAAAGCAGCAGCUGUCAGCGCUGUCAACAAGCUGAUGAAGUGGAUCCGUAAGGAAGAGGACCGGCUCUUUAUAUUGACGCCCCAGACUUACUGACUGUUCUGGCCUGGGCUGCCUGCCUUGUGAUUACUGAGCACUCCAGAACUUCUUCUCGUCUCUGGUGGGACUAGACAUAGUCGCCCUCCCUCCUUCUCUGUCUCUCUCAGAGGGAGAUUCCCUCCCCAUAAUGACUUUGUGGAUGGGGAGGGAGAGGGAGUUCUCUGGGUAGCAGAGCUUUUGGCUCACGUAGUACACAGGGAUAUCUGAGGAGUCCAAUAUUUCAGAGUUUGCACUAGAUUUUAGAUAUUGCAUCUAGAACAGGAACUAGGACUUUCCAUACAUAGGACUAGACAAAUGCACCGAAUGUGAAAUAAGUAUGUAGAUAGGGAGAGAGAAAACAUUUUUAUGUCCCUUUUCUAGGAAGGUAAGAAAAAUAAAAAUCCCAGUGAGUUUUUUUAUGAUUCCAAAACUUUCAGCAGUAUUUUUUGCUCUUUACUAUGUUGAGCUCAACAAAUCUGAAGUUCAGAUUGUCUUCAAAUUGCUUCUGAAGGACUGAGGAGUAGAAGCAAAGGCAAUGUAUAAGUGUUCUCAGUUAGAGGCAGCCAGACCCCAACUAAUGGCAUGAACCUAGUAGUCUGGAAAAUAUUUUAUAAAUUGUGUUUAUUCCUCCCUGUUUCUCCAUAGAGCCCACUUACCUAAUGCUUAUUCCUAGCUGGACCAAAUUCCUGAUUUGCAGGGUCCUGAUGAAACCAUGUCUAUGUUGUUAUAGGCCAUGUAGUCUCUUUAUUUAGCAACAAAGAAAACAUAAAAAUUCAGGGAAGAAGAAAGGUCUGAAUUAUUGUUAAUAUGCAAAUUCUCAAGCCUAGCAAUUAUUUGGGCAACAAGAGCCAGAUUCCACACCAGUGUUUCUCAACCCCUGCACCUUUAAGAUGUGUGGACUUCAUCUUCCAGAAUGCCCAAGCCAGGAAGCUGGGAGUUGAAAUCCACACAUCUUAAAGUUGCUGAGAUUGAGAAACACUGGCUAGACUCCCACAUUAAUACUAUAAUAGGUUAUUCCAAUUCAUGCUGAUGCAUCUGAUUCAGAAAUAAGAGAUGGCAUUGUGAAAGUCAGCACCCUGAGGUAGAGAACUAUGCUUACAGCCCAUUAUUUAAUUGAUUACUUAUAGGAAAUUUGAACACAAUGAAGUCUGGGCCCAUAGAAAACUAGUUUUUCAUAUGGAAUCUUUUUCAUACAAUACUGAAAUGGUGUGACCUCAGAAAUAAAUUUGCCAUUAUCAUGGCAGUUGGGCUUAAGACAUAUCCUUCUCAGAACAGAACUUUUCGACUUCAAUAUGUAAUGUAUGUAUGUGAGUAGAGAUGAAAAGAUGCAUGGUUUUUUUUUAAUGUUAGAAAAAGUUCCUAACAAUAAGAGCAGCUUGACAGUGGAACCAGUUACUGAGAAAGAUGGUGUGCUCUCCUUCACUGGAUGUAUUCAGGGGGAAGCUAGACAGAUGUCUAUUGUGGUUACUUUAUUUGGGUUCAUACCUUGAAGGGAUGGACUAAAGGUCUUAAAUGGCCUUUUCCAACUCUGACAUCUGUAUGAGUUUGUAUAUUGGGGGCAGAAGGAGGGGAGAAAAAACUAUCACCAGUGUAACGAUAGGGUUCUUCCAGAUAGGGCUGUAGAUCCAUCAACAGGGCAAGAUGACCCCACCUGCCACACCCCAGAUUCCUGCACAUACUCAGCUAUGCCAGAUCUCUGAUUCUACUUGCUUUGGUUGCACAUUGUGAGGCUAAAUUAAAUUGGGACACAGUGAAAUCGCACAUGUCCAGUGAUGGUAUCAUGGGGAUCAUUCUGCUCCAUUCUUGGAUCUAUGCUUUCAUCUGGAAAAGGCCAUAUGGUGUGAUUCAGAAAAACAAACAAACAAAAAUGUUUUUAACAGGUACCUCUAAAAAAUAUGAAAACCCAAUUGCCACAAGAUGGCAGCAGAACAUCAGAUUUGUGAGAAGAGGUUUCUUAUUGAUUAGUACAUAUUAAAAUAAAAAUCAUAGUAGAUGCACAGUAAAUACAAUUGUCAAAUGAAUUUUCAGUAUUUACAAUAUGGAUUCAGUGUCAUGUCUACUGCUACACAUUUGAAUUUAAUAAAAGAGUUUUAUGGGACCUUUCAGAUUAAGAAAUUUACUAUAGCAUAAGAUUUUAUGACCUACCACCCAGUUCAACAAAUGAUAAAUGACUGUACUGCGUGCUAUAAUAAAGCGUGCAAGAC